UCUAAUAGUACCCUAGUUUCAGUGACAAGGGGGUUUAUGUUAUGCUUGUGACGCAACACAAACCGCUUAGCACUAAAACAGUAAAAUGGCUGCACGAUCAACGAACACGUAUAGAUAGUUGUUGAAUCAUAUUAUUAGAUCUUUCUCUCUCUGUGCGACUGAAUUUCAUCGUGAAACACUCAAUUUAGGAGUUUAUUCGUAUAAAUAAAAUUGUGAAGAAGAUGAGGGAAGGUAACAGUAACAAUGGCAGAGUCACUUGGGAAGGUUGCAGCGUCUUGCUUGAUAUCAACGACGGAGACCGUCUGGUUUUCGCUCGUCUCUCUCCGGCAGCGAAAUUGAAAAUUGGGAAUAAAAACUGUUCUCUGCAACCUUUAAUUGGUCGUGCCUUUGGUACCGUUUUUCAAGUGGAUACCUCUUCCGAUGGGCCUUGUCUUUCUCCCGCACAAGUUAAUGUUAAUAAUGCUGAGGAAAUAGGAGAUGGUCAAGGGAAUGAUGAGUUGAGGGACAAAGUUAAUGUUAACAGUGCUGAUGAAGUAAGAGAUGGUGCAGUGAAUGUUGAGUCAAGGGACAAUCGUGCUUUGGUUGACAAUAAUACUGCACAAAGUCUGACUGGUGAAGAUAUAGAAGCCAUGAGAAGGCAGGGUGCUAGAGGUAAUGAAAUAAUUGAAGCUCUCAUUGCCAAUAGUGCGACAUUUGAAAAGAAAACAUCAUUCUCACAGGAGAAAUAUAGACUUAAGAAACAGAAGAAAUAUGCACCAAAAGUACUUAUGAGGCGUCCUGUUGCUCGAAGUAUAUGCGAAGCCUAUUUUAAGAAGUAUCCAUCCAAAAUUGGAUUUUUGCGGGUAGACACGUUGUCCCUUCUACUUUCCAUGGCUAACGUUUCUUCAAAUUCUGACAUUCUCGUAGUUGAUAUGAUUGGUGGCCUUCUCACUGGGGCAGUGGCAGAACGUUUAGGAGGUACCGGUUUUGUAUGCAACUCAUAUUUUGGGCAGGCACCAUGUUCCAUGGAUAUCGUGAGGAUAUUUAACUUAAGUGAUGAAAUCUGCAAGAGAAUUCUACGUUCUCCCAUUUCCGACUUGUUAUCACCAAAAGAAUCUUCUGAACAAACUCUGCAACAUGAUGUUUGCAAUGUGGAAGGCCAGUCAAAUGAUCAAAUAUCUGCCUCAGCCAGCAUGGUGGAAAUCUCUCAUUCGUCGGAAAAUGGAAUUUCUGAUAUUGCGACAGAUAAUACUGAACCUGUUAUUCGGAAAGCUCCAAAGGCUGGAGAGAGGGCGCAGAAAGAAGUCAUUGACUUAUGGAAGGAAAAUGGUUUUUCUAGUCUAAUUUUUGCUGCACCUGAGUUGGAUACUUGGACAGUGGUUAAAGAUCUCUUGCCCCUUUUAGCGAACUCUGCUCCUUUUGCAAUUUAUCAUCAAUAUCUUCAGCCGCUUGCAACGUGCAUGCACAAUCUACAGCUUGGGAAAAUGGCCGUUGGAUUGCAAAUAUCAGAGCCUUGGCUACGUGAAUACCAGGUACUUCCAUCUAGAACUCAUCCAUGCAUGCAAAUGAGUGCAUUUGGGGGCUACAUUCUCAGUGGAACUAAGAUAUGCAGCACAGCUAACUCCGCAGCUCCUACAGAAUAGUUUCAUCCUUACUCUUUCUACAUCAGUCCAAUUUCCAGCUUAUGCAUAUAUUGGAUAAAUAGCACAUGAAUCCCAAUGCUUUCAGGGGCAAAUUGUCAUCUUUUCUGCUGCAUAGGGUGCUCCGUGCAAAUUUAACAUUUUUGAGUUUCCGACAAGGUUUUCGGUCGGCCAAAGGCUAGACAUGGAGAUUGUACACUAGUUAUUUAUUUCAAUGUUUACUGCCUGCAAUCCUUUUAACUGACAGAAAUUUUAUUGUUGGCUGUAAUCUGAUGAUGUUACAUUUAUUUGACCAUGUUGUCCUUAAAUCUGAUUAACUUCAAUUCUGUUUAUCAUA